AUGGGGCUCUACAAGGUGACAGUGGCCACAGGGAGCGACUUCACUGCGGGGACCAUCGACACCAUCGCCAUCAGCCUUGUGGGGGUGAAUGGAGAAAGCACUAAGCAGGAGCUGUCCCACCUGUGGGUACCUGGAAAGGUCUCAUACUUUGAUGUUACCACGGAUACAGACCUGGGGGAUCUCCUGCUGGUUCGGAUCUACAAGGAUGCCUACCUGUUCUACACUGAGGAUGCCUGGUACUGUCUGAACGUCACUGUCACCUCCCCUGAGGGGCGACUCUACCAGUUCCCCCUGUAUCACUGGAUCUCUGGGGUGACCACGGUGGAGAUCCCAGAAGGAAAAGCCAUGAUAUCAGCCCAGAAUCUUCACCCCGUUUUACAACGACAACGAGAAACGGAACUGAAGAAAAGAAAUAAAACCCACGGGUGGAAGCUUUUCUCGGAUGGGGCCCCUCACUGUAUGGAUGUGGAGAGCGUCAUAGACCUGCCCGUCAACGAUCAGUUUUCUUUCAUGAAAAGGGGCGGCUUCAGCUACAUGGCACUCCUCACGAAACUUGCUGUAAAACUUAAGGGACUUCUGCGCCGGGAAAAGUCUUGGACCAAACUGGAAGACAUGAAGAUGGUGUUUUGUUUUGUUAGAUCCAGAAUCUCAGGUCAGGUCUCCCAGAUCUGGAAUGAGGACUCCUUCUUUGGUUACCAGUAUCUGAAUGGAGUUAACCCGGGUCUUAUCAGGAAAUGCGAAAAACUUUCGGAGAACUUCCCUGUCAGUAACAGCAUGGUGGCCGCAUCUCUGGGGACCUCCACGGAUCUCACUGAGGAGCUGAAGAACGGGAACAUCUUUCUGGCCGAUUACAAGAUUCUCCAGGGAAUUCCUGCAAACCCCUCGAUUAAUGGGAAGAAGCAAUAUAUCGCUGCCCCCCUGUGUCUGCUGUGGAAGGACCCCAAGGACCAGCUGCUCCCCAUUGCUAUCCAGUUGGGUCAGACUCCAGGAGAACAGAACCCGAUCUUCCUGCCCAGUGACUCUGAGUGGGACUGGACUUUGGCCAAGAUUUGGGUGCGGAGUUCUGACUUCCAGGUCCAUCAGAUCAUCUACCACCUGCUGCACACCCAUCUCAUUGCCGAAGUCUUCAACGUUGCAACCACCAGACAGUUGCCGAUGAGCCACCCGGUGUACAAGCUCAUCGCACCACAUCUGCGUUAUACCCUGGAGAUCAACACCAUCAGCAGAACUGAGCUCCUAGGACCUGGAGGCAUCACUGACCAGAUUUUGGCCAUUGGUAAUGGAGGUGUACCUGUCCUGAUGAAGAAAGCCAUGGAAAUGGUGACCUACAGUGACCUCUGUCUGCCCGAUGAUAUCACAAGCCGAGGAAUGGACACCAUCCCUAAUUACUACUACAGAGAUGACGGCCUGAGCGUGUGGGCGGCUGUGGAGGGAUUUGUGUCCAGUAUUGUCCAAUUCUAUUAUGGCAGCGACGAAGCCGUCCAAACUGACCGAGAACUUCAAGCCUGGGUGUCCGAGAUCUAUGAAAAAGGAUUCCAGGAGCGUGAAUCCUCAGGAAUCCCAUCAUCCCUGGACACUGUGCCUUCGCUGGUGAAGUACCUGACCAUGGUGAUCUUCAGGUGUUCUGUUCAGCACGCAGCGGUCAACAGUGGUCAGUUUGACUUCUAUUCCUGGCUUCCCAAUGGUCCGUCAUCUAUGAAGAGACCCCCUCCUACGGCCAAAGGGGUCACCACAUUACUGAGUAUCCUGGACGCCCUUCCUGAUGUCAGCACCAGCACCCUCAUGAUGACUGUCAUGUGGCAGGUCAGCAACGAGCCCAUGGACAAGAGACGUCUUGGGGAUUAUCCAGAAGAACGAUUUACAGAAGAAGCCCCUAAAAAGUUCAUUGCAGAAUUCCAGAAGAUGCUUGUGGAGAUAUCCCAGUCCAUAGAAGAGAAGAACCGGAGCCGGAGAUUACCGUACCCCUACCUGGACCCCAGACGUAUAGAGAACAGCAUUUCUAUAUAA